GGAUUUUCUGCAUCUGUGCUGAUCGACUUAAUAAUACCUCUUCAAUGUCCAUCGUUGAAGAAGGGAAUUUUAUAAUGGGAAAGAAAGAAAAGAAAACGUUAUAAUAUUUGAUAUAAAUUUGAUAUCAGGUCGAUCGAUAAAAAUAGGAAAGUUAUAUAAAAGUUAUAUGUAAACGAGCACCUUUUAUUAGGUUAGAAUCGGUCGGAUUCUAAAAAUUGAAAUAGAUCGAAAUUGUUGGAACGAAAAGACCAGACUCUCGGUGAUUGGAGAGUCGAGCGUCGAAUGACGUCCGAUUGAUGAUACCCCACGUGGGCUUUUCUUCGCGAUACCCUAAGCCGGUAGCAAUGGCAAAUGCAGCAACUCGAGAUAGAGCGUAACCCGAUAUAAUUGGGGAAUAAUAUAAUUAUCACGGUUUAACCUUCGAUCGGCCGUGUCAGACGCGUUUCGCGUAAUGUAAACGGGGGAUGGUAUCGCUAUUAGAUAAUGAAAUCGUGGGGGACAUCGGGGGUCAGAAAAGCUUGACCCUACCAGGUCACCGAUUAUGAGCACUUUUAGAUAUGUCUUAGGUAUAAAAGUGGUGCAUAAUCCCAUCGUGAGCAUACGCAAUCUUGUAUCAGACACAAUGCGGUAUACAUUCCUUUUAUUGGCGCUCGUGGCCCUCGGGGCAGCUACAAUUCCGCAGCAAAAACAACGUGCUGCAAAUAAAGAACUCUUGCAGAAGCAGCAAAAUUGCAUCGAUCUUCUUGAACAGAUCACUCAGGAUGAUAUACCAAACCCGCAGCUAAAUCAACUCGGCCAUAACUAUGACAUUAUUGCAAACUACAACAUGUAUCAAAAUCCGAUAAUCGCCAAGUAUUACGGCAAUGUCGUUAAAGCUGGUUUGGUUCAGCCUAAGGGCACUGCCUUUUCCAACUCUGUCGCUCAAUUGCGCAAGGAAGCAUCUCUCCUUCUGAAGAUCUUUUUGGAUGCCGUCGAUUAUAAAACUUUCUUGUCUACUGCCGCUUAUGCUCGCGUUAAUGUCAACGAAGGACAAUUCCUCCAGGCCUUCAUCGCUGCCGUCUUACAACGUCAAGACACCCAGGGGGUAAUUUUACCUCCAUUAUACGAAAUCCUUCCCCAAUAUUACUUUGACUCUAGAAUCAUCCAGGAAGCACAAAAAAUCAAUUCGCAAAUUAUUCACUCUUCAACCGUUCAAAAUGUUGUUAUUCCUGUCAACCAAACCGCAUACUUGCCUCACGGAGAAGAUCAGCUUUCUUACUUCACGCAUGAUGUUGGACUUGCAAAUUACUAUACCUAUGUUCAUUUGGCUAGUAAUAUUCUGCAACAGAAUCAACAACAGCAACAGCAACAGCAGCAGCAGCAGCAGCAGCAGCAGCAGCAGCAGCAGCAGCAGCAGCAGCAGCGGCAGCAGCAACAGCAGCAGCAGCAGCUGCAGCAGCAGCAGCAGCAGCAUCAGCAGCAGCAGCAACAGCAACAUUACUAUCAAUUAGGAGGUUCCGGAAUUCAGUGGUCAGAACAAGACAGUCCUAUCGGUGCAGGAGCUCAAUCCGCCUAUCUUCACCAACAACUUUUGGCCCAUUACCAAUUGAACCGCCUUGCCAACGGACUUGAUCCAAUUAAUCAACUCGACUACGUUACCGUACAGGCUCCGUUCGAGCCUCGUCUUCAACAUCCCAAUGGUCUCUCAUUCCCCGGCCGUCCAGAAUACUUGAAUCUUGAACAACAAGGCUCGCAACAGCAAGAAUUGAGCCAGACUGUGAAGGAUUUGGAAAAGAGAUUGAUUGAAGCCAUCGACUCUGGAUAUGUUCAAACUGCACAAGGUGGCUUAUUAUCCCUUUACCAACCGCAAGGCUUAAACAUACUUGCCGAAUUGAUUCAAGGAAAUGGGAAAAGUGUAAAUCCAAGAUACUAUGGCAGUCUUCAAGCAGCAGCUAAUCAUCUCCUUGGCAAUGCUCCCCAUGUUAAAAACAUUUACGACUACACGCCGUCCGUUUUGGAACUUCCCCAGACAUCCGUUCGCGAUCCAGCCUUCUACCAACUUUACCAAAAAGUAAUCAAUCUCUACAAGCGCUAUCAAAAUUCCUUGUCACCAUAUCAAUACAACGAUCUCGUUCUUCCUGGCGUUACAAUUCAAUCCGUUGAUGUCUCUCCAUUGACGACUUUCUUCGAUGAGUAUUACGUGAGCCUUAAUCAGGCAACCGUUCAAGAACAAGGACAAGGAAUUCUAAGUGGACAGGUUGGUCAACAAGGCGUGCAGCAAGUACAACAGCAAGGACAACAGCAAGGACAAUUGCAAGGACAACUACAAGGACAACAGCAAGGACAACAUCAAGGACAGCAGCAAGGACAGCAGCAAGGACAGCAGCAAGGACAGCAGCAAGGUCAACAGCAAGGACAACAACAAGGACAACAGCAAGAACAACAGCAAGGACAACAGCAAGAAUCAACUAUACAGGCUAAAUUAAUGAGAUUAGAUCACCACCCGUACAAUUAUCAGAUCAUCGUUCAAUGUCAGAGUCACAUCCCCAGUGCCGUUGUUCGCGUUUAUCUUGGACCAAAAUACGAUAAUCAAGGACAACCAAUUAGCAUUUCUGAACACAGACAAUUAUUUGUAGAAUUCGACCAAUUCGUUCAAGACCUGCAACAAGGGCAAAAUAUUAUAUCUAGGAACUCUCAACAGGCGUCAGGACAAAGCCACGACUAUCCAUCGACGCAAGCUAUUCAAAAAGGUGUAAACGCUGCCAUUAAUUCUCAGCAGCCAUUAUACAUUACAAAACCACAGCACGUCUAUGGUUUCCCUGCCAGGCUAUCUCUUCCCAAGGGUACUUCCAAAGGUUUACCGCUCCAGCUUCUCGUAGUGAUCUCCGCGUCGAUAACACAGGAGAAUCCGAAUUACGGACCAGUUAUCCCAGAACAAUACCAGAAUUAUCAGGAACAUUACCAAAUAGUAGGAGCUAAAGAGAACCAGCAGCAACAGAGACAGCAACAGAUACACGGUGUGGAAACAACCAUGGAAGUUUUGCCUGAGCAAAAUGAUCUAGAACAAUUUAUCGAAGCCGUUGGCACAGAACAAGGUAGUUUCUACGCGAAACAAGGACAAACUCCAUACACCCAAGUAAAAGCUAAUCAGUAUGGGCACAUUCAACAGUAUCACCAAUAUGGACAACAACAGACACCUAACGGCGGACAGCAACAAUCGACCGUUCUGGGCGGUGUUUUAGGCGGCGUUCUGGGCGGAGUUCAAUCUGGCGUUCAAGGCGUGCAACUUGGCGUACAAGAAGGCGUACAAGCGGGAGUACAAAGACAGCCGCAAGGAGGCUUACAAGUACAAGGAGGACAACAAGGAGGAGUACAAGUAGGUCUGCAAGGUGACGUACAAGGAGGUGUACAAGGAGGUGUACAAGGAGGUGUACAAGGUGGUGUACAAGGUGGUGUACAAGGUGGUGUGUACGGUACGAGCCACUGGCAAGGACAACACGGUGUUUGGCAAGGACAACAAGGGCCGGCGCAACAUUAUAGCAGCGGACAGACGCACGCCGGUGGAUACCAAGGAAUUUAUCAAACUAGCGGCCAAGCUGUUCAGGAUCAACAAGUCGAUAACCAUUAUCAGAACAAAAUGAUUUCCGAAAUCAUUGGUGGUGCCAUUUCCCUCGACGGCAAGCCUUACGGUUAUCCAUUGGACAGACCUCUUACUCCCGGUGCUCUUGCCGUUUCCAACAUUUACGUUUGUGAUGUUGACGUCAAACACGAGGGUCAACUGACCAAUACGAUCAACCAGUAAUACCAUCACCAAAAUACUUGUGACUAGUGUAUUAUAUCGUAGCAAUAUGAAUUUGAUCAAUGUCAUACUUAAAAAUAACACGCAUUACCGGAGUGUUUGCGUGUGUAUUUGUUUGCCUCUGUGUGCGCGUACCGCUUGAUACGAAAAAGAUAAAAAGGGAAUGAUUAAUAUGGAGAAAGCACAAUAAAUAAAUUGUCAUAAAAAUA